AUGUCGAACGCCAUGGCGAGCGACGACAACACCGACUGGGCCGCACAGUCCCCUGGUCUUCACGACACCAUCAACAUGAUUGAACGUAUCUGCUCGAUUCCCUCUGUGAUCGGCUGUGUCUUCAUCAUCACCACCUUCUGCCUCUCCGAGAGGUUUCAGAAACCGAUCAACCGCUUGGCCUUCUUCGCUACCUUUGGCAACCUUGCCACCAACGUUGCAACGCUGAUGGGACGAGAUUAUGUCACGAACCCAACAGGAGCGGGCUGUCAGCUGCAGGGGUUCCUGAUCCAGAUGUUCAUGCCGGCGGACGCGUUCUGGGUGUUGGCGAUGGCCAUCAACGUCUACUUGAUCUUUGAGUGCCAGUACGACGCCCAGAAGCUGAGGGCAAUGGAGAAGUGGUACUUCCUAGGCUGCUACGGCCUGACAUUCGUCGUCGCUUUGGCGUUCUGCUUCAUCGAGUCACCUAAAAAGGGCAAGAUGUACGGGAAUGCGACCCUGUGGUGCUGGGUCAGUCCAAAGUGGGAUAUUUUUCGUAUCGCAACCUUCUAUGGACCUGUCUGGGUUUCCAUUGGUUUCACGUUCUUCAUCUACAUCCGAGCCGGGCGAGACAUCUACAGAAACCACAAACAGAUCAAGAAGUUCAACAUCACCAGUUCUCUUGCGGGCGGCCCUGUUGACGAUACUCUGGUCUCUCGCAAGGUUACCGAGGUCUAUAUCACUCACGAGAUAGCCACUGGGAACGCCAUCGGACUCGUGGACCUGGAAAGGAACAACGGCGCUCAAGAACACUCCGAUAACUCGGCAGCCUCUAGGGCAAAUCCUAACUACUCGGUUACUAUUUCGGCAGAUAAUCAGAAGGUACCAGAAACCACCAACGGCGACAACUUGGCACGCAUUACCACCACCACUGUGACUGGGGGCGUGUCUGGAUCAGCAAAUAAUACGCGAACAAAGAAUAAACAUAACAGCGCAAUGUGGCAUUAUUCCAAAUGUUCCCUGUUCUUCUUCACGGCAUUGUUGGUCACAUGGAUCCCCUCGAGUUGCAAUCGUGUCUACUCGGUGGUUCACCAUAACCAAACAGUGAAGGUCUUGGAGUAUAUGGGUGCUGGUGUCUUGCCGUUGCAAGGGUUCUGGAAUGCCCUUAUCUACGCAGUCACUUCUUGGAAGGCAUGCCAGGGUUUCUUUGGCGAAGAUGUGAAGGGGUGGUUCUCAAGGGACACGGAUUCCGGAGACAGCCAGCGUCGAGAAGGUGGUGGUCAUCACCGCAGCUCCUCAAAGGCAGGCAAUGGACAAGCUGCCAGUGGCAAGGCUAAUCCAUUCCAUAAGAUGGGUGGUCGGGCGGCCCAUCCGUGUCCAGAGACGGAGAGCACGGAAGAGUUGGCGGCAUGUGGGAGCCGCAGAACCUCGUACGGGGGUGGAACCGACAGUAUUCCAUCCAAAGACAUGAAGUAA